AUGAAGAUGAGUCAAAGGCAAGUCACUUGCGGUGCGGGAAGCCCAAGCACAUAUCUCUACCGAAGACUCUUUGCGAAUCCAAAUUUCUACGGCAUCGGCGAGCUCUCGGAGGAGUCAGUUUGUCACUAUUUGACGACGACCGUCGACCAAGUUAUUGCUGAUCUAUUGGAAAGCAAAUGUAUCACGUUGGAUGAGCUAUGUGCCGCA